AUGGCGCUGCUGAAUUGGUUACGUAAAGCGGGGGAUGUAGAGAGAAGACCGUGUCUUCCGCAACCCACUGGCGUUCCCGGUCUACCUUCUAGGACAGUAAAGGCUGCAAAUGAUUGUGUGUCGCUUCAAGAAGGUCUCCCUACGAGGGCUGACCGCAAGCGAAAAAGAGAGAGUGAGUACUACGUGUACAGUGCCUCGGAACGAUUGAGCAUCGCUCGUUAUGCAAGCGAUCAUGUAGUUGCACGAGCAGCCAGACACUUCAGUAGUGUACUGAGCCAUCCAGUGAACGAAAGUACGGUUCGUUCGAUGCAGAAAAAAUACCUCCAGAAGAUUAAGCAACAAUCAGGUGAAGUUCCACUUGUUACUCUUCCAAGACAGAAACGUGGACGUCCAUUGUUGAUUGGUGAUACAUUGGAUCACAAGAUACGGAAUUAA